AUGUCGGGCCGCUACUCCCUGCGCCAGACUCCCAGGAAGAAGGAGCUCUUUGAGGGUAUGGUUGAGACCCCUCGACGUGUCUCCUCCCGCCGCAAGUCACCCGAGAACGAACCCACGGCAGACACCACCGAAUCCAAGAUGCCCGCUCGUACUCCCCGCCGACGCGCUACCGGCAAGUUUCGCGAGGAGCUUGAUGACGAGAUGGUCACCGACAAGUCCGUCUUGAACGGCAAGGCUGAGGUAGAGGAGCCUUUGGCCAACGGUUAUUCCAACGGACACGCGAACGGGCACACCAAUGGACACGUGAAGGAGGAGUCCGUCAACGGUCACGCUACCAAUGGGCACGUCGAGGAGAAGAAGCUCGAGCUUUUCACGAACGGCGACGCCGCUCCUCCCACGAAGGAGAACGCUCAGCGUGUCUAUCAGGAGGGGGAGAUCAUUGACGGCUGGAAGGUUGGCACCGACCCCAAGAUUGACACUUCGGGCGAGUUCGAGUUUGGUGGCAGCCUCGGCACCUUGUCCCUGAUGAUUGGUUUCCCUCUUCUGAUGUGGUACAUGUGGAUCGGAGCCACCUACUAUGACGGCGGUGUGCCGCGCCCUCGGGAUGGAGAGUCACUAGGAGAGUUCUUCCGCCAUCUUGCUAACCUCGUCUACACUGGAGCAUUCCCUUCUCUCCGUGCCUGGCGCAUCUACUGGACCUUCUUCAUCUUCGAGGGCGCAUGCUACUGCCUCCUGCCCGGCGUCUGGGCUUGGGGCAAGCCUCUUGCUCACGAGGGUGGCAAGCAGCUGAAGUACUUCUGCAACGCCUACGUCAGUUGGUACUUCACUAUCGCUGUCAUGGCAGUGCUGCACUUUAGUGGUCUCUUUCCCAUCUACACCUUCAUCGAUGAGUUUGGACCUCUCAUGACGGUUGCUAUUCUGAGCGGAUACCUUGUGUCUUUCGUCGCCUACUUCUCUGCUCUAUGGAGGGGGGCUCAGCACCGCAUGACCGGCUACCCCAUCUACGACUUUUUCCUUGGUGCCGAGCUGAACCCCCGCAUGUUUGGCAUCCUCGACUUCAAGAUGUUCUUCGAGGUCCGCAUCCCUUGGUUCAUCCUCUUCGGCCUCAGCUGCGGUGCUGCUGCCCGACAGUACGAGAGAUACGGAUACAUUUCUGGCGAGGUUCUUUUCCUCGUCCUGGCCCACUACCUCUACGCCAACGCUUGCGCCAAGGGUGAGCAGUUGAUCGUGCCCACCUGGGACAUGUACUACGAGAAGUGGGGCUUCAUGCUCAUCUUCUGGAACCUUGCCGGUGUCCCUCUCUCCUACUGCCACUGCACCAUCUUCCUCGCCAACCACCACCCCGACGAGUACAAGUGGAACCCCAUUGCGCUUACCGUCCUGUUCAUCGCGUACCUGUUCGUCUACUGGGUCUGGGACACGACCAACAGCCAGAAGAACAGCUUCCGUGCGCAGGAGCGUGGACAGCUCAUCAACCGCAGGACUUUCCCCCAGCUUCCCUGGAGGGUCGUCAAGAACCCCAAGACCAUUACCUCGGCCAAGGGCGAUGUCAUUCUCGCUGAUGGCAUGUACGGAUACGCUCGCAAGAUCCAUUACACUUGUGAUGCUUUCUUUGCCAUCUGCUGGGGCUUGAUCACAGGUUUCAAGAGCCCCUUCCCCUGGUUCUACCCCGUCUUCUUUUGCGGCAUGAUUGCCCACCGCGCCGCCCGUGACAUCCAUCGCUGCCGCCAAAAGUACGGCGACGCCUGGACCGAGUACGAGCGCCAGGUGCCUUACCUGUUCAUCCCCUGGGUUAUCUAA